UCAGAGGGUCUGGCGGAAGCUCCGGAGAGAGUGGGCAUUUCAUCUUCCUUGGAGGAAGAUCUGUCUGCACUGCAAGUGCCCUCAGGAGGAGCACAUGGUGACGGUGAUGCCCCUGGAGAUGGAGAAGACCGUCAGCAAACUCAUGUUUGACUUCCAGAGGAACUCGACCUCGGACGACGACUCGGGCUGCGCCUUGGAGGAGUACGCCUGGGUCCCGCCUGGGCUGAAGCCUGAACAGGUUCACCAGUACUACAGCUGUCUCCCCGAAGAGAAGGUUCCUUAUGUCAACAGUCCUGGGGAGAAGCUGCGAAUCAAGCAGCUAUUGCACCAGCUGCCGCCGCAUGACAAUGAGGUCCGAUACUGCAACUCCCUGGAUGAGGAGGAGAAGCGGGAGCUGAAGCUCUUCAGCAACCAGAGGAAACGCGAGAACUUGGGCCGAGGGAAUGUCAGGCCCUUCCCCGUCACCAUGACGGGAGCCAUUUGUGAGCAGUGCGGAGGCCAGAUUAACGGCGGGGACAUCGCCGUGUUCGCGUCGCGCGCCGGCCACGGGGUUUGCUGGCACCCACCCUGCUUCAUCUGCACCGUCUGCAGCGAGCUCCUGGUGGACUUGAUCUACUUCUACCAGGACGGGAAGAUCUACUGCGGCAGGCACCAUGCCGAGUGCCUGAAGCCGCGCUGCGCAGCCUGUGACGAGAUCAUCUUCGCCGACGAGUGCACCGAAGCCGAGGGGCGGCACUGGCACAUGAAACACUUUUGCUGCUUCGAGUGCGAGACAGUGCUGGGCGGCCAGCGCUACAUCAUGAAGGAGGGAAGGCCCUACUGUUGCCACUGCUUCGAGUCCUUGUAUGCAGAAUAUUGCGACACCUGUGCCCAACACAUAGGGAUCGACCAGGGCCAGAUGACCUACGACGGCCAGCACUGGCACGCCACCGAGACCUGCUUCUGCUGCGCUCACUGCAAGAAGUCCCUCCUCGGGCGGCCCUUCCUCCCCAAGCAGGGCCAGAUAUUCUGCUCACGGGCCUGCAGCGCCGGGGAGGACCCCAAUGGCUCGGACUCGUCCGAUUCAGCCUUCCAGAAUGCCAGGGCCAAGGAGUCCCGGCGCAGCGCCAAAAUCGGCAAGAACAAGGGCAAGACGGAGGAGCCCGUGCUGAGCCCGCACGGCCAGCUGCAGGUGAGCUCCAACCGGCUGUCCGCCGACGUGGACCCCCUGUCGCUGCAGAUGGACCUGCUCAGCCUGGCCAGCCAGACGCCCAGCCUCAACCGGGACCCCAUCUGGAGGAGCCGGGACGAGCCCUUCCAUUACGGGAACAAGCUGGAGCAGAGCCAGCCGCAGAGCCCCCUGCAGCUGCUCAGCCAGUGCAACAUCAGAACUUCCUACAGCCCCGCGGCGCAGGGGGCGGGCGCCGCGCCCGACAUGUGGGCCCCGCACUUCAGCAACCCCAAGAGGAGCUCGUCCCUGGCCCUGAAGGGGCACGGCGGCAGCUUCAUCCAGGAGUGCCGAGAGGACUACUACCCGGGGCGGCUGCGGUCCCAGGAGAGCUACAGCGACAUGUCCAGUCAGAGCUUCGGGGAGGCCCGAGGCAGCAUCCAGGUCCCCAAAUACGAGGAGGAGGAGGAGGAAGGGGGCAUGUCCGCUCAGCAGUGCCGGACCCGCCGUCCACUCAGUUCCCUGAAAUACACCGAGGACAUGACGCCCACGGAGCAGACCCCUCGGGGCUCCAUGGAAUCUCUGGCCCUGUCUAACGCCACAGGCCUCUCCGCGGACGGCGGCGCCAAGCGCCAGGAGCACCUGUCGCGGUUCUCCAUGCCCGACCUCAGCAAGGACUCGGGCAUGAACGUGUCGGAGAAGCUGAGCACCAUGGGCACGCUCAACUCGUCCGUGCAGUUCCGCAGCGCCGAGUCGGUGCGCAGCCUGCUGUCGGCCCAGCAGUACCAGGACAUGGAGGGCGGCCUGCACCAGCUCGGCACCCCGCUCGGCUACCGGGACCGGCAAGCCCGCGGCCGGAUGCACCAGAGCUUCGACUUCGACCCCGGCGUGGCGGGCGGCCAGCUGCCGGGGCCGGAGGGCGCGAGGAUCCAGCCCAUGAGCGAACGCACGCGGAGGCGGAGCGCGUCCCGCGACGAUCCCCGCCACUUCCGACCCCACCGGUCGCGGAGGUCGCGCCGCUCGCGCUCCGACAACGCCCUGCACCUGGCCAGCGAGCGCGAGGCCGCCUCCCGCCUGAAGGAGAGGCCGCCGCUCCGGGCCCGGGAGGACUACGACCAGUUCCUGCGCCAGCGCAGCUUCCAGGAGAGCCUGGGCCAGGGCUCCCGCAGGGACCUGUACGGCCAGUGCCCCCGGACUGUGUCGGACCUGGCCCUGCAGAACGCCUUUGGGGAGCGGUGGGGACCCUACUUCGCCGAGUACGACUGGUGCUCCACCUGCUCCUCCUCCUCCGAGUCUGACAAUGAGGGCUACUUCCUGGGGGAGCCCAUCCCCCAGCCCGCCCGCCUGCGCUACGUCACGAGCGACGAGCUUCUGCACAAAUACAGCUCCUACGGCCUCCCCAAGUCGUCCACGCUGGGCGGCCGGGGGCAGCUGCACAGCAGGAAGAGACAGAAGAGCAAGAACUGUAUCAUUUCUUAAUC